AUGAAAAGAAUGGCAAAGUUGUUUUGUAAUUAUGCAUUCGUAUUAUUUUUGUUCCAUGUUUUUUUUGUGAAUAGUGAAGAUGAGAUAAAUAAUACUUUUUUUAAAUUUGAUAAUUGUGAGGCUACUUCUACAUUUCCAAGUGUCGGAGAAAAUGGAUUACCUCAGUAUGCCGCAGAUAAUGCCCUAACAAGAGGAUCAGGUUAUUGGUGUUCGGAGGGAAAACAUAAUGCUAAUGAUAUUAUUUCGUGGACAGGACACUUAAAAAAUGUUAGAUCACUAAAUGGACUUACAAUUCAUUGGGCUUAUUCCCCUGGGGAAGUUUCUGUUUUAGCUAGCUACGAUGGAAAUGAGCCAUACGAAGAGGUGGUGCCAUACCAAGUUAUUGAAUCUCGAGCUGGGAACGUCGUCCAAAAUAUUAUAUUCAACCACAUAAUUAGGGCGAAAUCAAUUAGGCUACUCAUGAGACAUGCCAUACAUGAAUAUUUUGGUAUUAACUUUGUGAAUGCACUGGGUUCAGGGGAUUCAACGCUAAGAAUACAAAGUGGAAUGACUAGCCUUACUCAAGAUUUAUGUUUGCAGAUAGAUGAAACAAAUGAAGUAGUUUUAGAUGGAUGUAUUACUUCUAUGUCUUAUUUAGAUGGUAGAGACUUAUGGAAAUUGAAUGCGAAUAAUCAAAUAUAUAAUCCAAUAAAUAAUUUAUGUAUAACUUUAAAAGAUAACAUGAUAGCUAAUGGAGGUAAACUCAUAAUGGAAGAUUGUAAUUCUAGUUUAGAACAUAAUGAUGGUCGUAGUUCAUGGAAAUUAUUACCAAACAAUCAAUUAAAAAUGUUAAGAGAUGGAAACUUUUGCCUGUCUCAAGAUGGAUCUAAAUCAGGUAGUGUAGAUGUUUCCUUACAUAAACAAGCUACAUCUACAUUAUCAAGAGAUGGUAAAAACUUUUCUACAGAUAAAGCUGUUGACGGGAACCUAGAUACAUUUUGGGCUUCUCAACCAUUUACCAUAGACACCGCUCCUGAUUCUGUUUAUUUUGAUAUUAAUCUAGGAAGUAAAUAUAAAUUACAAAAAUGUAUAAUUGAUUGGAAAUAUCCAGCUACUAAAUAUUCUAUAAUGUUAAGUAAGGAUGGAGAAAACUACAAAGAAGUUAGUAGUAAUUUAGCAAACUUUUUAAGAAGUACUAUUAAUAAUCUACAUAAUGAAGAAGCUCAAUUCAUUAAAUUAAAACUUAUGUCUCCUAAUCCUGAAUUUGCUGAAGAAGAUAAUUUAUAUUAUGGGAUAAAAAAAUUUUCUGUCUAUGCUAAUAGAAUUAAAUCCAUUGUUGAUGACUGUGAAAAAAUAAAAGAUUCAGAUGAUGCUAGAGAUAAAUAUUUCUUCGAAUUUGUAUCCGAAAUUAAUAUGCAAGAAGGUAAAGAAUUAAAACGAUUAGAUUAUGAACUACAACAAUAUGCUGAAAAAAUACAAAACGAAGCUUUGAAAAUUCAAAAAUUGAACCCAAAAAUGAAAAAAUGUAAAGUAGAAAAAGAGAAACGACAUAGCGAUAUACUUAAUAUAAAAAAUGUUAUUCUUAAAAAUAUUUAUGAUGUGAUUAGUCAGACACAAAAUAUAAUUAAAAUAAAUUCUUUAAGUUCUUACUAUUCAACUUCUACAAAAGAAUUAGGACAAACACCAGAAAACCCAGCUGAUAACUGUUUUCAUUUAAAAAUGACAUUACCUAGUUCACCCUCUGGUUUUUAUUAUGUAUUACCAUCAUGUUCUCAGGAUGUGUUAAGAGUAUUUUGUGAUAUGAAAAUUGGAGGUACAUAUUAUAUUCCUUCAGUAGAUACUAGCCUAAUUAACAAAAUAAAGGAUGUAGAAAAUGUAUGUGCCACUUAUGGAUUGGAUCCCAUUCAUUUACAUCAUGAAAAUCAAGUACAUGUAUUGAAACACUUGUUUUAUAUCAUGGAUAUAAACAUAACCAAUCCAGUUCCUUUAGCUAUUAGACGUGAAACAGAAGCAUUUUUUUCGUUAGAUUUUCAAGAAAAUGUUCAUACUGUUGUAACAAAAUUUGGAACUCCUGUAGGGAAUACAUUUGGAGUAAAUAAUGAAGGGGUUCUUUUUUUUGAUUCUUCUAAUUCUGAAAUGUCAGCUUUUGUUUGUUCAGACAAUAUAAAUUCAAUUAAUCUGCCUGAACCGUUUGUAAAUUUAAGUUGUGAAACGACACUAAAACAAGCUAACGAAAUAGAUAAAGUGGUUGGAAGUGAGUAUCUAAUUAAAUGCCCUCAUGAUUGUUUAGAACGAGAAACAGAAGAAAGUAUCAUAGGAGGGGAAGCAAACGUAUAUUCCGAAGAUAGUUCUAUAUGCUUGUCAGCUAUCCAUUCAGGUGUUUAUGAUAAACAUUAUUUAAUACAUCUAAGAGUUGUAAAUGGACUUGGUGAAUAUGAAGGUACAUUUCAAAAUGGAAUUAUUUCAGAAAAUUACAUAAAUGAUAACCAAGAGUUUGCUUUUAAACUCUUUAAUGUUCCUCCAAAAUGUCCUGGUAAAAAUACACAGAUGUCCAAUUUUUUUUUUUUUGAACUUGAUACUAGUAGAAGUGGAAUAGAUGAGAAGGAAAAUAUAUACGUAGACUCAUCAACAGCUGAUGCAAUAAAUGAUUUAGUUAUGAUAGUUAACAAACAAGUCGGAAGUACUGAUCCAACAUUUUUAGCAUUAAUUAAUAAGCAGUCAAUGAAAAUAGUUUCUAAUGCUAGGAGGUAUUUAAAACCAACAGAGAAUUUUGAAAAAAAUAUAGAAUUAUUAUCUAAUGAAACCUUAAAAGAUGUACAAAAGGUAUCUCAUAUGAUAAAAUUGUUAUCCUCAAAAAUUACUUCAGAAUUGGAAAAGAGAAAAUAUAAAUUAGAAAUAUUAAUAGAUGAAAGACUACGACAGAAAGCAUUUGAAUCGUGGAAAUUAGACAUCAGUACAGAAAAUGAUAUAUAUGAUACAUUCGAAAUAGUAAAUUCAGUACAACUACAACAAGGAGGAAAGUGGAAAAUACUUGAUAAUCCAGUAAACGAAGGAAUGGUUGGAUAUACCUUGACACAAAAUGUACGCGUUUUAAAUUCUCCUCAGAUGAAUAAUUUAUUUACCGGUACAUAUGCUUUUUUAAGGUAUAAAUCUUUUUUCGAUUUUGUGUUUUCAACUUACAUAUAUGUGAAGGGAACAGGAUCCGUUGGAUUAAUUUUCAGAGCAUAUGAUAAAUAUAAUUAUUAUAUGUUAGAAUUAAAUAAUGGUCAAAAUGGAUUUAAGAGAUUAAUAAAAUUUCAAAAUAAUGAACCCACAGAAUUAGCUAUAAUAAAAGAUCCUGGAUUUGAAGAAGCUAAUUGGUGUGCAGUAAGAAUAGAAUGUAUUGGUUCUAAAAUAAACAUAAGUGUUAUUAAAACGGUUAAGCCUUUAUACGAAUCUCCCAUUCCUGAUAUUAUAGUGAAUGAUGAUUAUAACACUGCUGGUACUAUAGGUUUUUAUACAUACGGAAUUGAUUCAGUUGAAUUUACAAAGCCAGUUGUUGAGUCUGUUGAAUGCCUAACAAAAGAAAGGACAUAUAAAAAUAUUUCUCCCUUAAGUUGCAAUAUAUAUGAAGAAUUUUUCGUUGGAAAGUUCAAUAAGUCGUAUAUCAUAUAUGAUCCUGAAAACGGAACUGGUGGACCAUCUGAUUGGUCUUAUGAUAAUAAUAUAGGGAAAGAAAAACAUGUAAUUUUACAAAAAUCUAAUAUUAAAGGGGAUGAAAAUAAGGAAGUUCCUUCUUUUAUUAUUUUACAAAAUAAAACUUGUCAAGUUGGUGUAAUAAAUUUUUCCUUAUACCCUCAGUGUAGUAAUAAUGGUAUAGUAGGUGCAAUUUUUAAAUUUCAUGAUUCUAAUAAUUAUACGAUAUUAGAAAUAGGUUCUAACUUUACUCGUUUAAGACAAAAUAUAAAUGGAAACUAUCAGUUACUAGCCAAAUCCAUUAUUUCUGGGUAUAAAGAAAAUAUAUGGAACCGUGUAACCAUAUCGUUCAGUUCUACCAAUAUUAAUGUUAAUAUGGGAAGUGGCUUGAUGACCUACCCGAUAUUUAGUUUAAUAGGAUUAGAUUUACAAGAUGGACAACAAAUUGGUUUCACUUCUUACGGAUGUAAUAAUAUUGCUUUCAGUAAUAUUUUCCUACACCCUUUUGAUUAUAAACCUUAUAGUCCUACACCUGCAUCUAUUGGUACUGAAAACAUUAUGCCUAUAUUUUCUAAAAUAAAAGAAGAUACAAUACAGAAAGACACUGAACAGGAUGAUAAUUAUAUUUCCUCUGAACGAACAGAUGAACAAGUUAAACAAGCCCAAAUAGAUAAACAUGCAUUUGAAGAAGAACCAAGUGAUCAAGUUAAAAAAGAUAUAUACUAUUGUGCAACUCACAAAGAUAUUAUAGAUAGAUUAACGUAUUGUAGUAAAUAUGAUAAGGAAAAUCCUAAUUGUCCAAAUGAAUUCUGCAAACUCUGCUGUGAUAAUAUUGGUUCAUUAAAUGAAGAAGAUACUAAAUCGUGCAUAGAAUUAUGUGAAAAAUUAGAUGAUAAAGUUGUGCAUACAUCUGAAAUUUUGGAUUUUCUUAAAAAAUCAUGUAUUAAAUCCCCUAAUGAAGAAUUAAAACAGUCAUGUGAAAAUGAUACAAAUAAAGAGGAGUGCUUAACCGACAUGUGUCAAAUGUGCUGUCAAUCCGUUACUAUACCGGAAAAUCUAAUUACUAACGACGUUAAUAUUAGUUCUCUAGUUAACCAGUGCAUAUCCUUAUGCGAUUAG